AUGUUUGACCAUAGUGUCCUUGCCACAGGCCCUGCUGCGCUCAACCGCAAUGCGUCCUACAAUCCUAGCAAUAUUAAGUCGGCAAAGCCAUUGAAGGUUGAAGCGAAGUUUGAGACUGCCGCUGCCUGCUCCGGCCCAGUAACCAGCAAUCCUACUAGUUUUUGGAUGGACCAACAAGAUCACACUGGAAAUGCUCGCGGCUAUGCUCCAUUCUUGCGCGAGCGCCAGGAAUUGAUUGAACAGGGCGAUUUCUACACGUAUAAAACAUACCGCAAUGUCCAGAGCUACGGUGCCAAGGGUGACGGCACGGGGGACCAGACAGCAGCUAUUCAGAAUGCUCUCAACGAUGACAGUCGGGGUGGAAACAGGUACCAGGGCCCGCUUGCUGCGCAGCCGGCGCACGUAUUCAUCCCCAGUGGGACGUACCAAUUGAGUUCGAAACUUGAUCUGAGGAAGGGCACUAUCAUCAUGGGUGAUCCGAACAAUCCUCCGGUGCUGAAGGCUGCGCCCGGUUUCUCAGGAGAUGUACUUGUGGAUGGCUAUGAUGCUGCUAGCGCAGCCGAGACAUCAUUUAUGACCCAGUUGCGGAAUGUUAUCAUUGAGUAG